AUGAAAGUAACGCAAAAGCGUAAGAUAGUAUUCAUCCCUUACCCGGCGCAAGGCCACGUGAUCCCGAUGAUCCACCUUGCGUCGGCCUUCCUCAGCCGUGGAUUCUCCCCUGUUGUUAUGACUCCCCAGUCUAUUCACCGUCGGAUCUUGACCAGCAACCAGGAUCUUGGGAUCACGUUCUUGCCCUUAUCUGACGGCCAAGAAUGUCUGGAUGCACCUCCCUCGGACUUCUUCUCGAUAGAGAAGUCGAUGGAGAAUAUCAUGCCUUCUCAACUCGAGACGCUCCUUCUAGAAGAAGACUUUGGUGUGGCUUGUGUUGUGGUUGAUUUGUUGGCUUCGUGGGCUAUAAGAGUGGCUGAGCGAUGUGGCGUUCCGGUCACUGGAUUCUGGCCAGCGAUGUUCGCUGCAUACCGAAUGAUCGAAGCCAUACCGGAGCUCGUACGGACAGGCAUAGUUUCCCCAAAAGGCUGUCCUCGUCAACCAGAUAAACCAUUACUUCUACCGGAGCAACCGCUACUAUCCGCCGGAGAUCUAUUGUGGCUGGUCGGAAGUCCGGCAGCUCAAAAAGGACGAUUCAAGUUCUGGCAAAGAACACUAGAACGAGCAAAAAGUCUCCGGUGGAUCUUGGUUAACUCCUUCAAAGACGAAUAUGAUGAAGAUGAAUUUAAUAAUAAAGAAAACAUUGGUCGAAACCCUCAAAUCCUAUACAUUGGUCCAUUGCAUAACCAAGCAGUAACUUUAACCAAGAACCCUAGUUUUUGGGAAGAAGACAGAUCUUGUCUUGGUUGGCUCCAAGAACAAAAGCCAAACUCAGUCAUUUACAUCUCAUUUGGAAGUUGGGUUUCUCCUAUGGGAGAAUCAAAGAUAAAAAUGUUGGCAUUGGCGUUGGAAGCUUCAGGGAGACCUUUCCUUUGGGCGCUAAACCGAGUUUGGCAAGAGGGACUUCCACCAGGGUUCGUGGAUAGAGUCACUAUUGCCAAGAACCAAGGAAGGAUUGUGCCAUGGGCACCACAGAUCGAAGUUCUUAAAAAUGACUCUGUGGGCUGUUACGUGACUCAUUGUGGCUGGAACUCGACCAUAGAGGCGGUGGUAAGUUCGCGGAGGCUAGUGUGUUAUCCAGUGGCGGGAGAUCAAUUUGUGAACUGUAAAUACAUCGUGGAUGUGUGGAAGAUCGGGGUGAGAUUGAGCGGUUUUGGGGAGGAGGAGGUUGAAGAAGGGUUGAGGAAAGUUAUGGAGGAUCAAGAAAUGGGUGAGAGAUUGAAGAAGUUGAGAGAUAGAACAUUGGGGAAUGAAGCUCGUUUGUGUUUAGAUCGAAAUUUUACCUUCUUUAAGGAUGGGAUAAUAUGA